AUGCUGUACACUUCCGUCGUCAUCCUCCUCGUCAUUAGCACAGCUGCCUGCACGCCAGAAGUGACCCAAAAUGACAACACGCAUCAGGAUCAAGAAACCACACUGCAGGAACACGUUGCUCCAAUGGAAAAGAGAUCGCCGCGCUAUGACUUCGGCUUAGGAAAGCGAGCCUACAGCUACGUGUCUGAGUACAAGAGGCUGCCGGUGUAUAACUUUGGAUUAGGAAAACGGUCUCGACCGUACUCUUUCGGGCUGGGCAAGCGGUCGGUGAACGAGGAACAGGCGGGACAACAUUUUCCUAAUGAUCUGGACCAGGAAACUUUUGCUGAAGUUAUCGAUCAGUAUGAUGACGCUCCAGGAUACGAAACUAAGCGGGCUCGUCCCUACAGCUUCGGUCUCGGCAAGCGCUAUUCCGAAGACGAGAAUUCAGACGAAAAACGCGCCCGGAUGUACGAUUUCGGUCUCGGAAAACGACCCCACCUCUAUAGCUUCGGUCUCGGAAAGCGAGCGAGGAGCUACGACUUCGGUCUUGGAAAGCGUUUGAGCAGCAAAUUCAAUUUCGGUCUUGGUAAAAGGGAAAGAGAUAUGCACAGAUUUAGCUUCGGCCUCGGUAAACGCUCGGCGGAGAUUCCAUUCGACGACAAUGACAACUAUUACGACGUUUAG